AUGCCAGCUCUUAUAACUGAUAUCCUUAUCUCAAUGGAUGAUCGUUUCCUGUAUAUCUCCUUUUGGCUUCAUGGAGAUAUUCAAUAUGACAUUUCUGAUCCAUUAAAUGUGAAAUUGAAUUGUCAAGUUUAUAUUGGAGGAAGUAUACAUACGGAAUCAAAUGUAAAAGUUCUAGAAGAUGAAAAACCAAUUGAAGCACUUUAUGUGAAGGGACGGAAAAUCGAAGGGGGUCCACAGAUGUUACAGUUGUCAUUGGAUGGAAAGAGACUUUAUGUAACAACUUCUUUAUACAAGAAAUGGGAUGAUCAAUUCUAUCCAGAACAUGUCAAGUGA